AGUUUUAGGGUCUUCUGAUACCCUAACAGCGCUUCUCGGCUGAGCUCUUCUGUCGACUAGAAACGUAGGUCUUCCAAUUCUGGCACUGCACCUCACUGGACCCCUAUGGGCUCUCAGGAGCGAUGUGGCGCCAACACGAAGUGCCCACGAAAUCUAGGAAUGACCGAUGAACUCAGAAUGAAUUAUCUGGAUAUGCACAACUAUCGCAGAAGCCUCCUCGCAAACGGACAGGUCGCCAAGAACACCAAAAAUUUACUUCCACAGGGGGCAAACAUCAUGAAAUUAGAGCUUAAUUGCGACUUGGAAGCUGGCGCUAUCGCGUACGCUAAAACUUGCCCAUACGAUGUCUCAUCUGGAGGUCUAAGAAGAGGUAUAGGAGAACACUAUCAUCGUGUUCCUGUCUCGGAUGUUGCCACGGAAAGAGACGCCAUCAAAAGCGCUGUCACUAAUUGGUGGAGGGUCGUUCGUCUUUACCCUGGCCCUGGUAUGGAAGUGACGUUCCGAAGUAAACAUGUUGGCACACCUAUUGAGACGUUCACGCAGAUGGCAUGGGCUGACACAAGGAAAUUGGGUUGCGCCGUAGAGGCUUGUAACACAGACUACGUGGUAAUCUGCCGCUACUAUCCAAAGGGAAAUAUCAUUGAUCGUCAAAUCUACACUCCUGAACCUCCUUGUACGGCAUGUUCCACGAACAAAUGCGACGAUGAACUGGGACUGUGCAUCGAAUGAACUGCAGUAACAAGCAUAUUUUCGGAACAUCCUUCAGUAUGUGGCAAGCUUUGCAAAUAAGUGCGAUACUAUAACGCUACUCAUAAACUCGGUAAAAAUUUUCCUUCAAGUGGGACGCGUUCAAAUUCUUUUUGGCCUUUUUAAGCAAUGGGG